UUCAGAUAUGGGCGAUUGAAUUGGAGACCUACCGAUUAAACACAACCCAAAUCCCCAAAUUCCCAUUUCCCAUCUCGCAAAUCGAGAAUUUGAUUCGUUUCUGAAGAACAAAAACCCAAAAAAUUUGAUCCCAACUUGGAAACCGAUGCGACCGAAGAUCGAAACCGAGCAGAAUCACAGCCAUCGGAAGCCAAUCACCGUCCUCCCAAAGCGCAUUAUCUUGAUCCGCCACGGUGAAUCUCAGGGCAAUCUCAACUCCGCGACCUACACCACAACCCCCGAUUACAAAGUCCCAUUAACAGAAGAGGGUUUGAUUCAAGCUCGAAACGCCGGUAUCAAGCUCCAUAGAUUGUUGUCUAAUGACGGAACGAACCCUCAUUGGCGAGUCUACUUCUACGUUUCGCCCUACGACCGCGCCCGAUCCACACUCCGCGAGAUCGGCCGCGCGUUUUCGAAGAAGAGGAUUAUUGGCGUCAGAGAGGAGUGUAGAAUUAGAGAGCAGGAUUUUGGGAAUUUUCAAGUGGAGGAAAGGAUGAAGGUUGUGAAGGAGACGAGAGAAAGAUUUGGGAGAUUCUUCUACCGCUUCCCUGAAGGAGAGUCCGCUGCUGACGUUUACGAUCGCGUUUCCAGCUUUCUUGAGUCCUUAUGGAGGGACAUAGACAUGAACAGGCUCCGUCACUGCCCUUCCCAAGAUCUCAACCUUAUAAUCAUAUCUCAUGGGCUAACGUCUCGCGUCUUUCUCACAAAAUGGUUCAAAUGGACAGUCGAGCAAUUUGAGUACCUGAACAAUCCCGACAACUGCGAAUGUCGAGUGAUGCAGUUGGGAGAAGGCGGUGAAUACAGCUUAGCCAUUCAUCACACAGAGGAAGAAAUGGUGGAAUGGGGACUCUCUCCUGAGAUGAUAUCUGACCAGAAAUGGAGAGCAAGUGCCAACAAAGGCCAAUGGAACGAAAGAUGUCCUUGGUAUCUUGAUGCUUUCUUCGAUAGCCUAGCUGACUCGGAUAGCCUAGCUGACUCGGACGACAAUGAUAGCUGUGAUGAACCGUGUGAAGACCAAGAUGAACUAGUUGAAUCUUGUUCAAGGGUAGUGAUCACAGAGGAAUGACAAGUACACUUUGACAUUCUUUGAAUUCGAUACGUUGAUUGUUUUCUCUGCUUAUAGUGUUAUUGGUUUUGCACAGCAGUAUGUUCUAGCUAGGACUCUGAUGGGUCAAAAGUGCAUCACAGUAAAUCGGUGAAGGCGAUCGGCGUAGUAUAACUCAUGGUUUGUUUAUUUGAAAUGUGCAUUAUGAAGAGCCAUAUGCAUUUUUAUAUUACAUACACUAUACCGUAAAGGGGUUUAAAUUUAGGUUAGGCAGAGACUCAUGAUUUAGCUAUAGUAUGUUUUUCUAGCAAGUGACUCAUUUUGGGUAUUCCUGUGGAUAUGAACGAAGAUGGCCAAUGCUGGGGCUGUCGUCGACGGGUUUGUGUUGAAAUUGACGUAGAAAAGCCUCUACGUCGUGGUGUUAUGAUCAAAGUAGUAGCGACAGCGGCUGAGAAGUGAAUUAUCUGUUACAUAUAACAGUAACAAAAAUCAGGACACAUACUGAAGGAUUAUGAAUCUCGAAUCAGUGAUAAUGUUGAGAGACAAGAAACCAAAUGGCAACACAUUGAGUCAAGAUUCGUUGUUCAGUAGGGAAAGCGGAAAGGGUAACUAGUUUCAAUUUUCUUUCUCUCUUGUUGAAAGAUAGGAAAUGCAUACUGCUCUAGCAUCUUUAUUGCAUCGAUUUCUUUUGUCGUAUCGUGAAUGAUUAUGAAGUGUUUUAUUACAUCGCA